UGUGUUUUCUGGCAGCAGCGCCGGGCUUGCCGCGAGCGAGCGAGGACGAGGGUCGGAGCAGGCCAACAUGGCAGCCAAGUGGAUUUCCCAAGAGACAUUUGAUGAUGUGGUACAGGAAAAUAUCGUUGAGUUUGGAAUGGAUCCAGAAGAGGCAGUGAAUGAAGCCAUCCAGCAGUUUGAAUCUCAAGGCGUAGAUUUAAGUAAUAUAGUAAAGGCGGUACCCAGUCCCGCUUCAGAGAAUGGUCAAGAGCAGAAGCACAUGAUUUUACAGAUAUUGGACUGUCUCCAGAAAGCCGUCAUCGAUGCGGAUUCGAGCAAGGUGGAUGAAUCUUUGGUGAACUUUGCCAGGCAGUGCAGGCAGGAGCUGUCGGUCCGUUACCUGGCUGCCCAGAAAGGUGCCUACCCUGCAGUCCUUGCUGCUUGUCGGCUGGCAUCGGAAGAGCGCUGCUCUCUUUUAAAAGCCCUCCAAGCCCUCUCCGCCCUCCUGGAUGGCCAGCCUGACCUCCUCGAUGUGCCUGGGCAGGAGCUGUUGCUGCGAGUCCUGCAGGAGAGCCGAGAUGACGCUGACCUCACUUUGGCUGGCGUCCGUUGCAUCCGAUAUGCUUGCCUGAAACAUGAGCAGAACCGCCAGGAUCUUGUGAAAGGGGGCAUCCUUGCCCUACUGUCCGAAGCUAUAGUCCGGCACGGGGACCGGGCAGACGUAGUCCGGGAGGCCUGUUCAGGGCUCCGCAUCAUGACCUUUGAUGAUGACAUCCGGGUGCCCUUUGGCCAUGCCCAUGACCAUGCCAAGAUGAUUGUGGUUGAGCAUAACGGCUUGGGAAUCCUGAUAGAGGCAGCCAAAGCCUUCACUGAUGACUGCAGUGUUUUGAGUGAAAUCUGUGCCACUCUGGCACGCUUGUCUGUUCGGAAUGAAUUUUGCCAGGAGAUCAUGGACCUUGGAGGCUUAAACUUCAUAGUGGCACUGUUGGCAGACUGCAUUGACCACCAGGAACUGGUGAAACAGGUGCUCAGUGCUAUCCGGGCCAUUGCAGGCAAUGAUGAUGUAAAAGAUGCCAUUGUCAAUGCAGGAGGGACUGAUCUCAUUAUUUUGGCCAUGAGUCGCCAUCUUGGCAACCCACAG